AUGGCAGGGCGUUCGCUGGAAAUGAUCGUGACCAACACGCCGGCGAAGGAUCUCGCGUACACAAAUUUUGCCUACUGCCACCCCUCCGAUCUCCGGAAUUUCCUCGUGCCUGGAUCCAGAUUGGCUUACGCUUUGUGUGACCUUAACUUUGAUACACUGGGCAUGAUGCUGUUCCGAAUGGGAAUGUUGCUCUUAACGCAAUCCAACGUCGUCUUGCUAAAGUGUCCACUGGGGACUCAAUCUCUGUCAGUAGGUAUGAUUGGGUUCAUUCCUCCUGAAAAUUUCAACCUUGCGUUGCUCACCCUUGAAUUAGAGUUUGUGAAGAAAGGGGCGAAAGAAGAACAGGUUGAUGCUGUCCUUUUGUCCCAGCAGAUUCGUAGGAGAUUUAUGAACCAGGUUAUGACUAUUGGACAAAGGGUGACAUUGGAAUAUCAUGGCAAUGGGUUUAUCUUCACUGUUAAUCAAGCUUCAGUAGAAGAACAGGAAAGAUCUAAUGGCAUUGAUAGAGGGAUGAUUUCAGCUGACACGUAUAUUAUUUAUGAAGCAUCAAAUUCAAGUGGAAUAAAGAUUGUCAACCAGCGAGAAGCUGCUAGCAGCAACAUCUUUAGACACAAAGAGUUCAAUCUACAAUCUUUUGGUAUUGGUGGUUUGAGUGAAGAGUUUGCUGAUAUAUUUCGAAGAGCUUUUGCAUCAAGGGUUUUCCCUCCUCAUGUGACCUCUAAACUUGGCAUCAAACACGUUAAAGGAAUGCUGCUGUAUGGACCUCCUGGUACUGGGAAGACUUUGAUGGCUCGGCAGAUCGGCAAAAUGUUAAAUGGAAAGGAACCAAAGAUUGUGAAUGGGCCGGAGGUGUUGAGCAAAUUUGUUGGUGAAACUGAAAAAAAUGUGCGAGAUCUAUUUGCUGAUGCUGAGCAUGAUCAGAGAACCAAAGGUGAUCAAAGCGACUUGCAUAUCAUCAUAUUUGAUGAAAUAGAUGCUAUUUGUAAGUCUAGAGGUUCUACGAGAGAUGGCACUGGAGUACAUGAUAGUAUCGUAAACCAACUCCUAACUAAGAUAGAUGGUGUGGAAUCCCUGAAUAAUGUUCUGCUUAUUGGGAUGACAAACAGAAAGGAUUUACUUGAUGAAGCUCUUCUGAGGCCUGGGCGCUUGGAAGUACAAGUAGAGAUCAGCCUUCCAGAUGAAAACGGCCGUUUACAGAUUCUUCAGAUUCAUACAAACAAGAUGAAAGAAAGUUCUUUUCUGGCUCCAGAUGUAAACUUGGAAGAGAUUGUAUCAUAUGCCCUGAAUAGGCAACUGAGUAUGGACGAUCUUACCAAGCCAGUUGAUGAGGAUAAUAUAAAAGUCACAAUGGAUGAUUUUUUGAAUGCCCUUCAAGAAGUAAUUCCAGCAUUUGGUGCUUCGACAGAUGACCUAGAACGUUGCAGGCUUAAUGGAAUCAUGGAAUGUGGUGCACGACAUGACCACAUUUAUCGAAGAGCUAUGUUGUUAGCGGAACAAGUUAAAGUUAGUGAAGGAAGUCCGCUUGUUACUUGUCUUCUUGAAGGCCCAAGUGGCAGUGGGAAAACUGCAAUGGCAGCAACAGUUGGUAUUGAAAGUGAUUUUCCGUAUGUUAAGAUUAUUUCUGCUGAAACAAUGAUUGGACUCAGUGAACCGACAAAAUGCGCUCAUAUUGUUAAGGUGUUUGAAGAUGCUUAUAGGUCUCCUCUAAGUACAAUCAUCCUAGAUGAUAUUGAAAGGCUAUUGGAGUAUGUUGCAAUUGGGCCUCGUUUCUCAAAUUUAAUUUCCCAAACUUUGUUGGUGCUCCUGAAACGGCUUCCUCCAAAGGGAAAAAAGGUUCUUGUUAUUGGGACUACAAGUGAAGUCAAUUUCCUGGACUUGGUUGGAAUUCGAGAUGCAUUCUCAGUCACCUACAAUGUCCCUACAUUGCAGACAGAAGAUGCCAAAAAGGUGUUACAGCAGCUUAAUGUUUUCUCGAGUGAUGAUAUUGAUUCUGCUGCAGAGGCAUUAAACGAUAUGCCCCUCAAAAAGCUGUAUAUGGUUGUUGAGAUGGCUGCUCAGGGAGAACACGGUGGAAGUGCGGAAGCCAUCUAUUCUGGCAAGGAAAAGAUUAACAUUUCCCACUUUUACGACUGCCUUAAGGAUAUGGUCCGGUUUUAGGGCACAUUGUCCCGGGUUGUUAUUUUUUGGUUUGUCUGAGUUUUUCUCUCUGGAGUUGAUCUUAUUUUUGUCUCAACAUAUUGUGUAUCAUCAUCUCAUCUGAUAGUUAAGAGGGGCAUUUGUUUUGAUGACGCUCCUAAUCAUGGCUUUGGCUAAUCCGAAUAGAUAGUUUGAUUCUGUUGUUUGAGAACCAUUUUUUUUUUUAUGUAUAAUUGCCACUACACUUCAUCUCCUCACAAGUGAACUGCAUAGUAGUCGUGGUUAUGAUUGGAAUAUGUGGUCAUAAAUAAACAAGAUAAUUACGUAGCCGACGCCCAUAUGGGUUUUAUAUUUAAUGCUAGAAGGCCUGAUUGUGCACUGCACAAUCGAGUGUAAUUUGAUUUGUCA